AUGGAUGCAUAUGUGACAGAAAUAAGAAAACUUGAGAACAAGUUCUUAGGAUUGGAGAUCCACCAUAUUGAUCGUGAUGACAAUGUGGGAGCCGAUGUCCUCUCCAAGCUUGGCUCUACUCGAGCCAACGUACUACCAGGAGUUUUUGUACAAGAACUCCUCCAUCCUUCUGUCAAGCUCCAAAAUCACCCAACCACCGACAUGGAGGCUUCGGCCACGGUCAGGGAGGUUAUGAUGAUAGAGGAGGAUUGGAGGGCACCCUUUAUCGACUUCAUCAGAGAGUUCAAGCUUCCACCCGGCGUCGAGGUGAAGGGAUUUGAAGCUGCUCGCAUUAUUCGACGGAGCAAAGGAUUUGUUCUAGUUGGCGACAACUUGUAUAAGCACUCUGCUUCUGGAAUUCUCAUGAAGGGUGUCACUUUAGAAGAAGGCAAAGAUAUCUUAAGAGAAAUCCACGAAGGAACCUGUGGCAACCAUGCUGCAUCAAAAACUUUGGUCGGAAAAGCAUACAGAUCGGGUUUUUUCUGGCCUACAGCUGUAUCAGAUGCUGAAGACCUCGUCAAGAGAUGUCCUGGAUGUCAGUUCUUUGGCAAGCAAGCUCAUGUUCCAGCUCACAAUCUGAUUACAAUUCCUCCGUCUUGUCUGUUCACGUGUUGGAGUUAG